GUUAGUUGAUUGUGAGAUUUCAUCUGGAACAGAUCGGAUUCGGUGGCUUAUCAGUAGCAAGAGGACAGUUUUCCGAAAUGUUUACCAAAUCCUUGGCUUACUUGGCGAUCUUCGGCCUCUUUUGGGGCUCAAUGGCAGUGGAUCAGUAUGGACUAUACGGUGGUUCGGGAUUUUCCACCACAGAACGUAGUAACGCGGAAUUGCGCUGCAUGAACAUUAAUCCUCAGAACUCGGUGGAUUUGGAACAGAUAAUGGGCCUCUGGUACGGCAGCGAGAUCAUCGUGCACACCCAAGACUUUCCUGGGACCUACGAGUACGAUUCGUGUGUGAUAAUCCAUCUGGCCGAUGUUACCGAACAGAUCCGUCAGAGCCAGGCAAAUCGCGGCUAUGGCUAUGGGUCCCAGGAUUACAACAGGAAUCAAAACAACUAUGGACGCACCAGCACCACUCAAUCCUCAUACCAGGACAGCGAUGAGUACCCAUUGAGAUCCCAUCAGGGCCAGCAGAAGUAUUUGCGUUUGGUGUGGAGCGAGCGGGACAGCAAUCUGGAGUACACCUUCAACUACACCACCUCUCAGCCCGGCCAGUGGUCCAAUAUCGGGGAUCAGCGAGGAUCCUUGGUGGCCCUGAAUACCUACACCCAGUUCACGGGAACCGUCCAGGUGGUAAAAGCCGUCAACGAUCACCUGGUGCUCACCUUCUGCGGCAACGAUGUAAAGAGCUCUAUUUACACGGUGGUCCUUACCCGCAAUCGCCUUGGGCUCAGUUCAGAUGAGCUGCGCAGCAUCAGGAACCUGCUUUCCCGCCGUGGUCUCUACACGGAGACCAUUCGCAAGGUCUGCAACGGAUGUGGGCAGCUGGGCGGUAGUCUCUACGCCCUCUUCGCCCUUCUCCUGGUCGUCCGCCUUGCCUGGGGGCGUGGCCAGUGAGCUGGAGGGGGAUCGCCAAAACGUCGAUCUUCAGCCGGCGUAUUUAAUGAUUCCAGCCAUAUUACGUUAAUUUAUGUAUAAAUUACUUAAGCAAUACAGUACCGAGAUCGUCGAAUGCACUCCCCGAAAACUAA